AUGCCCGGCUACGACAUCCGGGCAUACCUUUCCAACGCAUCCGCGUCUGUCGCGAAUCCCGCUUCGACGGCGACGGCGGCGACGACGACGGAGCAGCAGCAACAGCAACAGCAGCAACAACAACAAGGAACGACCACACCCCGCACGCCCCGCCGCUCGUCAUCUAAUUCCUCCACCCUCCCGCCGCGGAGGCACCUGCCUUGGCUGCACGGGACGAAAACGCCGUCGACCACCACCACCAUAUCACCGCGCACGCCUCGAACCGCUCGAACCGUUCGAAUCAGCGAAGGCGGCGGCGGCGACGACGUUGAUCUGACGCCGACGACGACGACGACGACGACAGCUACUACUGCUACUACCACCAUCACCACGACCACGCCCCGGACCGCCGAGCGCGUCGACGACGAGAGCGCCAGCGCAUACGCCAUGUCGGCGAGCACGUCGCGAUAUCGCACGCCGCGGCGGGGUCGGGGCGGCGACGGGGGCGGCCGCUUUGCUUCCUCUUCCACGACCACGACCCCCGCCACCACCACCACCACUCCCCGUCGCGGGCGUUUCUCGAACAACACGUGGUAUUGCGACUGCAACGCUGCUGCUGCUGCUGCCGGCGAGGGAGGUGGUGGGUCGUCGUCGUCGUCGUCGUCGUCGUUGCAGCAGCCGGCGAGCAGGUUCAGGGUGAAGAAGGAGGGGCCGAAUAAGGGGAGGUGGUUUUAUACGUGUCAUCGGAAGCCGGGGGAUGAGAGGCGGUGCGGGUUCUUUUUGUGGGAGGAGGAGGCGAGGGCGAGGGUGGCCGAGGGGGCGGGCAGUGGUGUUGCGGGUGCGGGUGCGGGUGGUGUUGGGAGAGGGAAGGCGGCGAGUGGUGGUGGUGGUGGAGAUGGUGGUGGAGGAGGGGCGGCGGCGGCGAAGAGGAAGUGGCAGGAGGAGGUUGAUGGGGAGGGGGAUACGACGGAAUAUGAGGAUGGAGAUGAGGACGAGUAUGGGUGGGGUAAGGAUGUGGGCGUGGAGGAUGCAAUAGGGAGGGUGGUGGAUGCAGUGAGCACGCCGUCGAGGAAGGUGUUGAAGAGCAACGCAGGUGCGACGCCGGGGGGUUCUAACGCGAUGGUGAUGACGCCCGUCUCGCAAAGGGGCAUUGGCGGUGCCAUAGCGACGCCUAAGUCUGUGAGGAUCAGUGCUGCAACGCCAUCCACGAGGGGCGGUGGUGACGACGACGAUGCUGGCGUCGCCCUCGUGCCGGACGUGCUGCGGGUGCUGAACGAGAACGGCGUCGAUUUGAACGACGAGGCUGGCGAGGCGCUGCAAACGGUGCUCAAGUCGCAUACGCUACGCAUGCAAGGCCUGAUUAGGGGCAGGGACAUCUCGCGCCUGGCAGUGCGCGAGAGGAAUGCGAAGAUUGGACAGCUUCAGGCGCGCGUGACGGCGCUCGAGGCGGAGCUCGAGACGCAGAAAGCCGUGAUAGCGAACUUGAACUGGCAGAAGGAAACGGGCCACUUUGACUGA